UUUCCUUACCUCUUACUUUUCUUGUGGGUUGAAAAGAGAUGAAUGAGUGAACUAGAAGAAAAAAAAAACACCUUAUGCAAUAUAAUCUGGCAAACACGUGGGUCUCUUUACCUCGGGCUACAAAGGUUGGGAAUUCUACCUACGACUAAAGAAAUGGUAUGAUUUUACCCCACCCAUACAUACACAAUCAAGCACAAGAGAUUUCCUUACAAUUCAAACACAGACAACUGAUCUGACUACUCUGUUCAUCCGUGCAGCUCACAGAGGAAUAGCUGCGUGUUUCCGAAGACAUGGAGCGUAUACAGAUAUGUGCCAUCAUUCUGCUCACAAUUCUGGAGUUCACCACCUCAACAUCAGAACUCAAAUUUUAUAUCUUAGAGGAGCAAAAUGAAGGCACCUACAUUGGAUCUUUAAAGAAUGAGAGUUUGGCAUCACCUCCAUUCCUGUACAACCUUCUCCCACCAUCAAUCUACUUCCAUCUGGACAAGCAGACGGGAGAUUUGUAUACCACCGCAUACAAACUGGACAGAGAAUAUUUAUGCCCACAGGAUAUUUUAAAUCAGUGUAUGGUGGAAAUUGAUGUAUUUGUUUCUUCUCAAGAACAUGCGGAAAUUGCAAAGAUCAAAAUCUUUAUUUUGGAUAUUAAUGACCACGCACCCUUUUUCACAGACAAGAUCAUUGAACUAGCCGUUCAAGAGGAUGCGGCAGUAGGAACCAUAUUUCCUAUUGACCACUCAGCUAGUGACCCAGAUGCUGGACAGAACAGUGUUUUGAUCUAUCAUUUGAACAGUACUGAUGAUGUGUUUGUAUUGGGGAACAAUUCACAAUUACUUUCAUUCACCCUACAGCAACCUUUGAAUCAUGAAUCUAAAAGUGAAUACUAUAUGGAUUUAAUUGUUACAGAUAAGGGACUUCCGCCGUUAUCUGCCAGUGCCUUGAUUAUAGUGAAAAUAAUGGAUGUGAAUGACAAUUGUCCUGUUUUCCUCACAAGUAAUAUUUCUAUCAAUCUCCCAAGAAACACCUCUAUCAAUAGUACAGUUGCCAAACUGGAAGCCGUUGAUGACGACACUGGUGAGAACAGCAUCAUUCAGUAUAUAUACAGCAACAGAGUCCCAGUAGAAUCCCAAAAGCUAUUUUAUUUAGAAAGCACAACUGGAAUCAUAAGAUUAGCUGAAUUUAUACAUGAUGACACCCCUAAUAAUCACAAGCUCAAAGUUUUAGCCAUUGGUCCCGGAUGUGUUCCUGCAGUAGCUACUGUAACAUUAGUAAUACAAGAAUUUAAAAGAAAAAAGCCAAAGAUGGAAUUCCGCCUAAUAGCAACCCAAGAGGAGGAGGGAGUCUCUGUCGAAGAAGAUGUUCCUAUAAAUACAAUCAUUGCUAUCCUAGAAAUUAGAGACCCAGAUUAUAGCAUCCUCAGGCCUGUCUACAUAAAUGGCACAAUACCAUUCUCUCUAAGAGUCUCAGAAAAUUCACCAGACACCUAUUUGCUAUUAACAAGUGGAAUCUUAGACUUUGAACUGAAACAAAAAUACAAAAUUCAGGUUCUUGGAAAUGCUACAUUUGACAACUUAAUUGUCUACCAAGCAUCACUCAAUGUUAAGCUUGAGGAUGUAAAUGACAAUGCUCCACAAUUCUCACAGAGUGUGCUGGAAGCAUCCAUAGAAGAAAAUAACAACCCAGGAGCUGUUAUAUUGACGCUUUCUGCAUUUGAUAAAGACAGUGAAUCCAAUGGAGAUAUUUCAUAUAGCUUUGGUGGAGAGUUGCCUAUGGAAUUUUCCAUUGAUGCCUCUAAUGGAAUUCUUGCAGCAACUGUUUCUUUUGACCGAGAAAAAGUAACAUCUUACACUUUAAUUGUAGUGGCUUCAGAUCAUGGCUCACCUGCAAAGAACAGUUCAUGCACAGUAAUUAUCACUAUUUUAGAUGAAAAUGACAAUGCACCUAUCUUCCUCACUAAUGAGCUUACAUUCUAUGUUCCUGAAAAUCUUCCCCGACAAGGUAAAGUAGGAAUCCUAAAUGUAAAAGAUGCUGAUUUCGGAGUAAAUGGGGAGAUAUCGGUGUCCAUAUUGAACACCACCCUGCUCUUUUCAGUAGACCAGAAUAUCAUAAUACUUGAGGAUUACUUAGACUAUGAAAGUGAAUAUAAGUAUGAUCUAUGGAUUGAAGCUCUUGACAAAGGUAAUCCACCCUUGAGUACCACCGUAAAAGUGAUUAUUAUGGUGUUAGAUAUGAAUGAUAACGCACCGCUGUUUUUGCUGCCAGAAUCAAACUUUUCAUAUGUGCUAGUACCUCCAGAUACCUCAAAGGGAUCUCCUGUAACGAAGGUUCAUGCAGUUGAUUACGAUGCUGGUAUGAAUGGAGCUGUACGGUAUAGUGGCUUUGGGGAGGUGGGCCCGCAUAGUGAUCUCUUUACAAUUGAUAACAUUACAGGUAACAUUACACUGAAAGAAAGCACCACUGGACAUCACUGUGGCCUUUAUCACUUUCUGGUGAAGGCAAGUGACCAAGGAUAUCCUAAAGCCCUUUCCACUAUUGUUAGGAUUAACAUUCUCCUCAAUCAUAGUAUAAGCAACAGGAGUUAUCUAGAAUCCAUCAUUAUGGCCAAGACUGAAGUGCCAACUGAAAACCAAGCUAUUCUGUUAAGCCCGUGCAAACAGUACCACAAAAUGGCCCAAUUUUCUUGGUCUUUGAAUGCCCUGAUUUUCCUUGGCAUUGUAAUUCUCUGUAUUCUCUUCUGCGGUACAGGGACGUUAAUGCUUUUCUGUAGAAGAAAAGGGAAUGCCAAAAGAAGGAAAAAGGCAGAUGUGCAAAUUCCAUUAAAACUAAAUGCUGAUUACUGGAAUAAUAUAAAAUAAUAGUGGCAUGCCUUCACUUGACCUACUUGGCAGUAUUUCCCUAAGCAGAGCAAUCCUAAAGGAAAAUGCAAAUGCACCGGGCUUUGCCAGAUAUUACAGACUGGUAUUAUCUAGAGUGUCAUGAUCAAACAGUUGACCAUGUUUAUUGUGAAAAAUGACAAUGGCAGGAAUAUUAAAUAAAAUGGAAUCCUGCUAUAGACUUCUUAUUGGAGAAUUUCCACAAUGCCUAUAAACCUGUGGAUCUUGGAAAAUAUUUGGAAAAUACGGUGAUGGCAAUUUUGGACAAAAUGGCCUUCUGCUACAGACUGCCUUGUUGGAGAGUUUUAUUUACAGACAUUAAUGGAACUUAUGUUGACAUAAUGACCUUUUAAUACAACUUGC